UGCAGCGGCGGCGGCGGCGCAGAGCUCGGAGAGCGAAUCUGUCACCAUUUUUCCUCGGGCUUGAGGAUCCUGGAGGUGGGAAGAGAGAAGUUUGGAGUUCAGAGGUGCAGGGAUCCCCAGGAAGUUGAUGACCCUCCGUGCAUUGGCAGUGGCAGAGAGGUAGGGGGAGCACCUGGCCUGGGGACCAAGAUGGCCACUCCUGUUCUGUGGGCCUGCUUCGUGGUUCUUGCUGCAGGGGUCGUGGCGUAUGCCCAGAGACACAGCCAGCAAGAUACUCACGUGCUGUAUGAACGCCUGGGCUCAGACGUGACCCUUCCCUGUGGGACAGCAGCCUGGGACACAGCAGUUACCUGGAGGGUCAACGGGACAGACCUGGAGGCUGCUCACCUUAAUGGCUCCCAGUUGGUCCUUGAGGGCCUGGACCUUAGCCACAGUGGUCACUACGCCUGCUACCAGGGUUCCUCCUGGCACCUUCGAUACCAGGCCCUGCUGCACGUGGGCAUGCCACCCCGAGAGCCUGUCCUCACCUGCCGCUCUAACAGCUACCCCAAGGGAUUCUACUGCAGCUGGCACUUGCCUGCACCCACAUUCAUACCCAACACCUUCAAUGUGACAGUUCUGCAUGGCUCCAGACUGUUAGGCUGUGAGAAGGACCCAGCCCCCAAGAACCGGUGUCACAUCCGAUACACACACCUCUUCUCUACCGUCAAAUACAAGGUCACACUGACGGUCACCAAUGCCCUGGGCCACAACUCCACAUCCAUCACCUUUGAUGAGUUCACUAUAGUGAAGCCAGAUCCUCCAGAAAAUGUUGUGGCCCGGCCUGUACCCAGCAGCCCUCGCCGCCUGGAGGUGACCUGGCAGACACCCUCCUCCUGGCCGGAUCCCGAGUCUUUCCCUCUUAAGUUCUUCCUUCGAUAUCGGCCACUAAUCCUUGACCAGUGGCAACACGUUGAGUUGUCCGAUGGCACUACGCACACCAUCACUGAUGCAUAUGCCGGGAAGGAGUACAUCAUUCAGGUGGCUGCUAAGGACAAUGAGAUUGGGACAUGGAGUGACUGGAGUGUGGCCGCCCAUGCCACUCCUUGGACUGAGGAGCCCAGAUACCUUACAACAGAGGCUCAGGCUCCAGAGACCACCACCACCACCACCACAUCCUUCGUCCCCCCUCCCACCACGAAGAUCUGUGAUCCUGGAGAGGUUGGGGAUGGUGUGGGAUCCUCAACUGACCUCCUGCUGACUGUGACCGUGACUGUGACCGUGACCACCAUAGCAGCCACUGGCCUCUUUAUUUAAGUCCCUCUUUGCAUUCCUGUGGAAGAAAAUGUUGAAAACAGAAAUGAACAACAACAACAACAAAAAGGCUCACAAAAAUAUCACACACACACACACA